AUGAUCUAGUCUUUCUAACAACAAUGCGAGCAGCUCCAAUCUGAAAACUAAGAAAUCAUAAAAUAGUUAAACAAACUCAAGUAAAGUGCACUCGAAAAGAAUCAAGAAAUAUUGAAAUUGCAAAAUCUAGUUAAAGGAGUUGAUUAAGAAUACUAGCCAAUUCGUGAUAAAAUACAAUCAAUUAAGGACUAGCUUCUAGAUUCAGAACUCAAUAAAGAAGCAAUAGUUGAUUCAUUCGAUGAUCUUGAGAAUAUGAUCAUAAGCUAGAUUGCUGAGUAAAUUAAGCAAGGCAAAAAGGGUAAAAGAAUACAAAAAAAGGAAUCUCCAUCAAAGGGAAAAAUUAAUAAUGAAAAUGACCAAAACACAAUCAAUCUAAGAAAACGAACAAUUAAGUCAUAACAUUUUGAUGAAAAUCCUGAAACAAGUGAAUCUAGUGAACCUAUCAAAGUCUAGAAAAAGAAAGUCAAAACUAAUUCAGAAGCCAUCGAUAAAGCUAAUUGUCUAAUUAACGAAAUAUUUAAUUUUAAUUGA